AAGGUAAAUAUAUAUAUAUUCUUUCACUUACAAAUAUUACAAUGUCAUGGUGAUAAUCUAAUUGUCUGGCUUGUGUUAUGUUAUCAUCACAGGGUUUGAUGGAAGUCUUCAAAGAAGAGUUGCUCCAAGGUUGUGAUCAUAGGCUGUGUGUGAGACACCUGUAUGCAAAUUUGAAGACAAAGUUUGGUGGUGGAGUUCUUUUAAGGAACCUGAUGAUGGCAGCCGCAAAAGCUACAUAUGAAGAAGAAUGGAGGGAGAAAAUGCAGCUCAUUAAGGAAAAGAAUCUGCUUGCCUUUGAAUGGUUGAUGGAGAAACCAACAUCUUCUUGGUGCAGGCAUGCAUUUAGCAUUUGGCCCAAGUGUGAUGUCAUCAUGAACAACCUCUCAGAGUCCUUCAAUGCUGCAAUUAUUUUGGCCAGAGACAAACCUAUUCUCACUAUGAUGGAGUGGAUUAGGACCUAUGUCAUGGGGAGGUUUCCAAAGAUGAUGGAGAAGCUUAACAACUGGACAUGUCAGAUUAUGCCAAAGCCACUUAAAAGAAUAGGAUUUGAGGUGGGAAAGAGCAAGAACUGGAUUCCUAGGCAAGUGGGAAAUGAGAAGUUUGAAGUUCGUCAUGCUCACACUUUGCAGAGGCAUGUUGUAAGCUUGAGGGACAGGAAAUGCAGCUGCAAAUUCUGGGAGAUCAAUGGCUUUCCUUGCAGGCAUGCAGUGUGUGGAAUUAACUUCAAGGGUUAUGAUCCAAAGAGCUAUGUUGAUGAUUGUUACAAAAAAGGUGCUUUCAGGGCUACUUAUGAACAUGAAAUCACUCCACUUCCUGGCCCUGACCAGUGGAUUGUGACACCAAAUGACCCUGAGUGCAUUCUGCCACCACUGUUUAAGAGAGGUGCAGGGAGGCCCAAAAAAUUGAGAAGGAGGGACCCAUAUGAUGACCCUAAUCCAAACAAGUUGAAGAGAGGAGGUGCUUUUGUGAGGUGUAGCAGGUGCAACCAGUAUGGACACAAUAAGAAAGGUUGCAAAAACCCAAUUGAAGAAGAGAUAGAGAUAGAUGCAGCAGAGCUUGAUGCCCAGAUGGAUGCAGUACUGGAGAAAUUGUUGGAGACUGAAUCACAACAGGCCACUGCAGCUCCAGCUCCAGGUGAUGAAACACACCAACCAACAACUGGUCAGAAUAAGAAAGAGAAAAAAGGUAAUAAGAGGUGCAGUGUGUGCAAGCAAUAUGGUCACUAUAAGACAAGUUGUAAGAAAUACCCAAAGAAAACCCCCAAUGAACCAAUUUCUCUACCUGGGAUUGUGAUAAAGGAACCAACUUCUGCUACUGUCCAAGUCCCUCACAAUAAUGGAAAACAGAAAGAAAAGGUACCUGAAAUUCCUAGAUCUUUUGAUGAUGGUUGCAUUAAAAGCAAAUAUAUAGCUGCACUAAUUCAUGACAAUGGAGGGGCGACUACUUCAUGUUCUAUGGUUGAAAAUCCUGAACCUGGCAGCUCAGAUCCAGCAGGUUCUGUAGCAGAUGCAGGACAUCAAAUGGAAAUAAUAGAAGAAGAAGGUGGAGGAAAUGUUCCAACACAGUGCAGUGUUGUGAUGGACAACACCCUUGGAGGUUCAACUUGA